UCACUGCUUUUCUUGGUUUUUCUCUCCGGAAAAACACCACAAAAUCGAGUCGUGAAUCGCCGUGUCCUCGUCACUUUGCUUUUUCAGCACGCACUCUUCACUUUUUCAUCGGUCGUCUCGCAGUCGCGGCGGUGGCAUCUCGGAAAAGUCUUGUCCUUGUUCGACGAAUGAUAAUAUUUUCGAUUCAGUCGGCAACAAUUAUUGCAUCGAAAAGUGAAUUAGAAAGUGCCAUUAGUUUUAAUUUAUGAAGGCUCGCCCAGGGUGGAUUAUUUCGUGUGCUUUACGGUGGGAGGAAUUGGGCAUCCUUGUUUUUCCGCUGUUCGGAGAAGAGCGUCCGUGGAAGGAAAAAUUUUCCUUCCUUAGGUCAGGAAGAAAGCAAUCAAAAAAGAGAGCGCAUUUAUGAGUGGUGCACAACAAGAAGCGAGUUGAAGAAAAUGUUGAAAGGAAAAUAGUUCUCGGAAAAGUUGAAAACUUGGUCGUUUUUCGUUUUCGUCUCUAAUAUGCUGUGUUUGCUGUUAGCGCUGCGUGUGCCAUCAUCAUCGUCGUAAUCAUUACCGCAGUAGCAGAAGCAGCGUAGCACCGUCAUUGUAGACAGGCCACAAAACUCUUGUUCACAUCUCGGAGUCUCGCAGUAACAACACGACGACGACAACGGCGAACGGCGGCGGCCGCGGCAAAACGCGAGAAAACAGAGCUAUUUUUAGAACGCAUCUUCGUUUGCGAGCGCGAUUCAAAGUCAGAAACUCCAAAGGAAAUAGCAGCAGAAGAAACGAACCGCGCGCCUGAUGCCGUCUCGAUUUGUGGAAUAGGCAUUUUAUCACCUUCCUCCCGGCGGGGAUUAGAAGAAGCACCAGAAACACAAAGGAAGCCGCAGCGGCAGCAGCAGCAGCACAUGACGUCACGUCAUUACAACUUAACAACACUGUUCGGUCUCAGUGCUGCAAUGUGCCCUGCAUCGUAAAAUGAAAAGGCUGAAAAUAAGCCGUUUUCGCGGAAUUGGAUAAUGAAAAGUCGCGCGCGUACAGGUUCCAGUGGGGACAGCUUCUUUUGAUGUGACUAGAAUGUGAUGAAUGGCCGCGGAAAAGAAGUGACUCGAAGAAAACAUAAAGAAGUACCAUAUUUCAUCCGCCAAUACUAGGCAGCGGGGAGAAGAUACCGUACGAUUAUUCAGUAGUGGGAGAAAAGUGCAAUAUCGUAACCAAGUUCUAGUCAUCAACGUCGUAAGUUUCGCGACGACAAGUACUACACAGCCAGAAGAGAAAUAUACACAAAUGUUUGUUUAGUUUUAAGAGCAAGGAGAGAAGUUGUGCAACGCUGCAGAAAUCUCACUAGCUGAAGGGAUGGUGUGUGUUGUGUAGAAAGGGUACCUAGCUCUAGUAAUGCUUCUUCUGGGUUGGUGUUCUGUGUGAGAAGAAAAGUCAUUUGCCAUAGUGCCAUAAAUAAUAGAGAGUUGCAGAAUUUUUAUUACAAUUCUCCUUGAAGGAGACACUCGGGAAAAAUUUCGUGUCACACAAAGAAAAUGGAUUGUCAAGUGUAGUGAGAGAGUGCAAUACGACGAAUUAAAAUCCAGUCAUCAAGUUAGAAAAAGAUUCCAUAUUUUCAAUGACCUACACCAUUAUCGGCGAAGGAGCGAAAUAAUUUAUGUUCAGUGCUAGCCGCAGUCGCAUUUUUACGCGUAGUUUUGUGCUGUUGAUGGCCAAAGUAUGCCAAACACAAACGAAAAUACACAUUCCGGCUCCUCCGGUGACGACCUCGGCAGUACGGAUGAGGUGAAAGUAUUCAAAGACGAAGGCGACCGCGAAGAUGAGAAAGCCUCGUCCGAGAACCUGCUCGAGGAAAAGUUCAACCUGAUCGACCUGACGGAAAGUGCAGAGAACCUGGUUAAGAACUCUUCCCGCCAGGAUCUGAGUCCACCGUAUGCUGGCGGUGCCAGCGGUGGGAGCAGUGCUGGAAAGCUAAACUCUCCCGACCACUCACCUGGCUUCAAUAUGGGAUACCUGCCGCCUUAUCAGUAUUCCAGCGGGACGGCUAGUGCAAUACAGGGCUCGAUGAGUAAAAUAGGUUUAUCGCAGUUCUUCUGCAACGAGGACCCCCUCUCCAACCCACCACCGGCACAUUGUGGAAUCAUUCCCUACCAGCUAGAUUCUAAAGCGAUCGGUCUCUCUGCGCGACAAUCGCUCUAUUCCUUUUCAACUAGUCAGUAUCCCUAUCCCAUACUAUCCUCCAAUAUGCUACCGGUGCCUCCUUCGUGGCAUACUCCCUCAAUGUACUCCACCGCUCCCAGCUUCCGAAACUCGUAUCCUUCCUCACUUCAAAUCUACACCACCUUAGCUAGCGACCUCUAUUCACGCUACCAAUCCUCGUCCCUUCUAAACUCGGUACACCCACACAAUGUGCUCAGCCAGGUGAAGCAGGAGGUGUCCCCUUCCCAGGAAACUUCCCACAACUACAGUAUACGGCAAACCAAUCAUCACCCAGCCGGUAGCAAAUCCAACGAUAUGCCCCAGGAACUCACAAACCGCUAUUCACGGGCUUCGAUCGGUGGUAGCACCGUACCCGGCAGCAGCAGUAGUUCCAGCAGUGGUGGUACCAAGAAGAAAUGCUCCUCCGGUGCGGACCGGCAGCAGCCGCAGAACAUCAAACCACAUAUCAAAAAACCCCUGAAUGCAUUUAUGCUCUACAUGAAGGAAAUGCGAGCGAAAGUGGUAGCCGAAUGCACACUGAAGGAAUCGGCUGCCAUUAACCAAAUUCUUGGCCGGAAGUGGCAUUCUCUGACGCGGGAGGAACAGAGUGUGUACUACGACAAGGCACGCCAAGAACGGCAGUUGCACAUGGAAAUGUAUCCUGGCUGGACCGCGCGGGACAACUACGGCUACGGUGCGAAAAAGAAGCGAAAAGCGAAAAAGAAGGACCAACUGGGGUCGGAAGCGGCAAGCAGGCGAAAGAAAAUUUGUAUACGAAACGACGAAUCCGACAACUACGACGGGACUCGUAUGUCGGAUGAUUACAUGAGCAAUUACGGUACCGUAGUGUAAUAUUGAAAUGCGCAUCGCAUCCUACCGAACAACCACAACAACAACAACAAAUCCCACGCCUAUAAGACUUGAACGCAACCGGAAACGAAAAUACCGAACAUUAUUCUUCGCAAAACCAUACAAAAGAAAAACAACAGAAAACGAAACGAUCCCAGUUUACAAACCAAAUCUAGUUCAGAUAAUGCAAUGUAUACCAAGUGAACAAAAAUCUCAAAUCGUUAUUUUAAUUUUAGCUAAUUUAUUGAAUUGUAACAAACAAACCAAAAAUGGACUAUCACAAUUUCUGUUGUAAGAAAUUAUUCUUCCCCUGCUGUCUGGAGUCGAAUUUUCGGUUUUUUGUCCCAGCAUGGAAAAGGGGUUUCCGUACUUAACUUUAAACUAUACACACUAUCGUUUAGGCCCGUACUAUAUCAAUUUUUAUGUUCAUUGAUAAGGGAGGGAAUGUCACCUAGAAAGCAGUGAUUUUCAAGGGGAAAAAAGUAAAAGUGACGAAAUACUUAUUAGAUAAAGAAAAAGAUAACAAUCUGUGGUGUUUUUAAAAAAAAGUAAUUUAAAGUGAAACCAGUGGCGACAAGGUGAGAAUGAAAAGAAUGAGUAUGACAAGUCUUUAGUCGAGUAAGGUUAGAAAUGAAACCAAAUAAAAAAGGUAUAUAGAUAUAGGUAUAUUAGAUAUUUAGAGGGUAACCAUUUAACUACAAGUGUAAGUAAGUGUUAGCAUUAGUUCUGGUGGAAAAGAUAACAGAAGUACAGCAAUAAUGGUAUCAUUUGAAGAGAAAUGAGAAUUAUUGUUAUAAUGCGAAGUAAGUAGACGAAAGAAUAUGAGUAUAAAAUGAAACAGGGAAUGAAACAGAACACUGGCAUUGUUCGCCGGUCGGUUUUUGAAUGGCAAUUCGUUUCCGCUGAAACAAUUAGGAUCUCUUUUGAGGCGGGAAAACAUGGAAAAUACGACGAUGCUGAUGAUGAAGAUGAUGAUGAUGAUGAUGAAGAAAAAAAAAACCAGUCGUAAACACAAUACCGGGAAGGGGAAGUAAUUUAUUUGACUUAUUUUCAGGGAAGUUUAUAAUCUUCCUUCACCAACGAGCUUAUAGGAAAAUUAUGGUACUACUUGAGCGGAAAUGAAUUGUUAUUUUAUCACUCUUGAACGCAUUAGGUUUAGGAGAGCUCGCAUGUAAUUUUUCGGGCGGAGUGCGUAUCGGUGCUUUCGUAUUGUUCUGAUCCGUCAAUCCAACCUCCUACCCUCCUCGUUCUGCGUCUAGCUGUAUUUAUGUAUGUACGUACCGUCAUCCUCAUUAGGGAGUGAAGUGCUCAUUUCGCUAUUGCUGCUUCUGAACUGGAGAGAGAGAGAGAGAGAGAGAGAGAGAGAGAGACAGAGAUUUGAUUGAAAUGUUAUGAUGAUAGAAUGGAAAUUUUCCCAAGUCGACCAACAAUUCCUUAUGUGUCUACAAAGGAUGUGUUGAAAGUGUUUCAAAUACUACUGUUGUCUUAUGAAUCAACCUGGGUUCAUUUGUCACUUAACGCUUUCGUUUCCAACUUGUACAUCGCUGACAAAAAUUAUUUCUUUGUUCCUUAAAUUUAUGUGCUGCCUUCAAUGUGGCCAAUCGAUUUCAGCAAUCAUUUGGAUAAGGGGCUGUGCAAAAACUACGUAGAUAGUUUUUGAUAGAUUUAAAUACCACCAUCUCCGGGGACGGGGGGCUCCCUCCGUAUAAAGACAGACUUCUAAAAAAAUGUAGACCGUAGGCAUUUACCCAACUCCCCCUUCUAUUUCGUAAAUUGUUUAGGUAGUUUAUGUACAGUCCCUAAAUUAAAGUGUUUUUUUUUUUAAUUUGCGAUGUAUUAUUUUAUAUUACUAAAUUACACAGUUGUACAAUGUGAUUCUUGAAAUGAAUCUGGAAUCCUCUACAAAUAUUCCAGUUUCUGGAAAAAUCAAUUUAAUUUCUGACUUUCUGAAAUUUUUUUCUAAGGGACCAUGUACUUAUUACGUAAGAUUUUUCUAUGGAUUUUCCCCCUAGGUCAGAUCUAACAUCGAACUUUAACAUGUUUUGAAUUCUUCAUGUUAUUCUUUAUGAUUUCGUAAGGUAUUUCUGAUAUUUUCAGACUCCCUGAUAACAAAACGUAAGACAAUUUAUUUUUAAAACCUUACGAAAUCAGUGGAUGGUCCCCAAUUUAAGGCGUGUUGCAUUUUUUAAACUUAAUUAUUUACUUAAGUAUCCUGGAUAAUUUCAGUGGUAAAAAUAAGUAACGUGAAAAAAAAUAUUCAAUCUUUGCGGUACUAGCUUUAGCUUUAACAUGGGCCCAGGUAAAAUUCCUAUCGCCGCAAUGAGCCCCUGGGUCUGCCUGUACUGCGAUGACCUACCGGGUCUAAUUUAAUACAAACGUUUCAGAUUCCGAUAUAAACUAUAUGUG